AUGCCACGUGUCAACUUUCCGUGUCUGAAUGAAGUGCGCGGUAAAAAGGUGGUAAGUGGCAUAAUGUGCAACGUAUGCGAAAAAUGGGCUCACCAAAAGUGUACAGGGGUCUCUACGGAGAUCUGCGCUUUGUACGGUAAACACAGUGGACUUUAUUGGAUGUGCAACGGUUGCGAAACCAUCGCACGCCAGCAUAUAGCUCAAAGUGCUGUCCCCGGAAAGUCACCAAGGCUGACAGCGACAAAAGGAGUGGAAAUUAUUGAAGAAAUGACUGCAGAGGUGUCAGCCAAAACUUAUGCCAAGGUGGUGAAAAAAUCACCCGGCAAACCUUCUCCAGGAACACGUCAAUUGCAACCAAAUGCUAAGACUGUCAAAUCCAAGCCGAAGACAGUAAAUCCGCGCAUUGUCAAGGGAGCCCGGGGUAUUCUGGGUAACAGCCUGCACCACAUCGAGAGUAAACUGCACAGGUUGCGAGCUGAAAUAGACUCGAUCAAGGCUGUUAGGGUAAAUAGAACGUCUCAGUACAACACGCUACUGGUUCUCAAUAAAGAGGAACCAAUAAUCAGGGAGUCUAAAACUCGCCGCGAACUGGACCGCCGCCGGGUGACUGAUAUCCUAAGACUGGUGGGCUUAGAUCCAUAA